GAGAGAGAGAGAGAGAGAGAGAGAGACAGAGAGAGACACAGAGAGAGAGAGAGAGAGAGAGAGAGAGGUUUCCUCCAGCAGCAGCAGCACCGGCUCGGAUCAUCCAGUCUCCUCUCUACUUCAGAUCGGAGGUGACAGGUGAUCGAGCGGUCGGUCGGUGUGUCUGGAUGUUCUCUGGCAGCAGGCUUCUGGAGAGGCUGGACGGAUAAACUCCCUCAUGGCGCUGGAAUCGGAGGGGAACAACCGGCUCCUGCAAGACGUGCUGGUGAGACCGGGCAACGGAACGUGCGCGGACUGCGGCAAUCCAGAGCCGGACUGGGCGUCGCUGACUCUGGGUGUGUUUGUCUGCCAGGCCUGCUCGCUCCUUCACCGGAGCAUCCCUCACAUCAGCCGGGUCAAGUCUGUCCAGGACACGUGGGAUGCCAGUGACGUGGAGUUGAUGGCUGCUACGGGAAACAAUGCAGCCAAGGCCAAAUACGAGCAGAAGGUUCCUGCUUUCUACUACAGACCAACACACACUGACUGCAAGAUGCUGAGAGAGCAGUGGAUCAGAGCCAAGUACGAGAGGAAUGAGUUUGAGUUUAUCGAAAAACAGGAACCUUACUCUGCAGGGUACCGAGAGGGGUUUCUAUGGAAACGAGGAAGAGACAACGGUCAGUUUCUCAGCCGAAAGUUCAUCCUGUCUGAGAGGGAGGGGGCGCUGAAAUACUUCAACAAGCAGGAUGCCAGGGAUCCCAAAGCGGUGAUGAAAAUCGAGACCCUCAAUGCCACCUUCCAACCGGCCAAGAUCGGCAACCCCUGCGGCCUGCAGAUCACCUACCUGAAAGACAACAGCACAAGGAACAUCUUCGUCUACCACAGCGAUGCUAAGGAGAUGGUCGACUGGUUCAACGCUAUCAGGGCGGCCAGGUUCCACUACUUACAGGUGGCCUUCCCUGGAGCAAGUGACGAGGAGCUGGUGCCCAAACUGACCCGGAACUUCAUGAAGGAAGGCUUUAUGGAGAAAACAGGUCCAAAGCACACAGAGGGCUUCAAGAAGAGGUGGUUUACUAUGGAUGACAGGAGACUCAUGUAUUUCAAAGACCCUCUGGAUGCCUACGCCCGCGGUGAGGUCUUCAUCGGCAGCAAGGAGAACAGCUACACCGUCCUGUCCGGCUUGCCCUCCUCCACACAGGGCUACCACUGGAACAACGGCAUCACCAUCGUCACGCCGGACAGGAAGUUCCUGUUUGCAUGCGAGACCGAGGCCGAGCAACGGGAUUGGAUAUCUGCCUUCCAGAGGGUCAUCAAUCGACCAAUGAGGCCGCAGGAAUAUGCAGUGGAGGCCCAUUUUAAACACAAGCCUUGAAGACCGCAGGAAGCCACAACUCAGCUGGACCGGCCCAGUCUCGUUCAGAUCAGAGACAAUCCCAACGUGUGACCAGAGACCAUGGCGGGAGGCGGUGGGGUGGGGAGGGGUUUGGGGGGGACAGGAGCGGGUUUUGGGAUGAGAAAAGAUGAUGACGAAAAAGAAGAGAAAGGAGACAGCGGGACUCGAGCCUAUCUAUGUGUAGAAAACUUGAACUCUGAUGGGACUGAAGGCCCAUCAUGGGAGGUUGAAACGUUGGUGAUCAGAGGCCAAAGGGUAGAUGAUGUCAUCACUAUUGCGCCUACCAACCUUGUGCUAUACAUAAUCAUCCUACCUUACCUCAGCCAUGUGGAACCCUUCCCCUGCAACAACCUCCCCUCUCUCAAAUUUCGUCUCGUGAACGGUUCAUUCUACCUGUAAUCUAAUGUAAUUAUGUAAUCUAGAGUCAUUUCACUGGUUGCUUAACAAAGACAAUGCAUUGUUAAUUUAUUGAAUGUACAGUUUUGAUGACAGUGGCUUACCUUGUGUGUGUGUGUGUGUGUGUGUAUGUGUGUGUGUGUGUGUGUGUGUGUGUGUGUGGAAUCGUGACGUUUUUUCGUUGAGGACGCUGUGAGGUUGAAGCCUCUGGGCACUGAGACCCUGUUACAUCUGAAACCUACAAAGUGCUGUUAACAACAAUUAUGCAUAAACACACACACACAAACUCUCAGUGAUCACCGUAGCUGUUAACGUAGCUGGAGGUGGCUGAUCUGCAUCCAGGCAUGCAGGGUUCUUUAACAACCUCAAUCUGACAGCUGUUCUCUUAUUUAUUUGUACUGUUGACAGUCAUUGCUGCUUUAAAGGAUUGUAAUGUGACGGGAUUGUAAUUUAUAUAACACUUCUACUCUACAACUGUUUUUAUUUACGUUGUGCAUAUUUUGUUUUAAAGACACAUUGUUGUGUUGACCCUUAAAUCACAGUGACGGUUUGUUUCAUUAUAAAGAUCUUAACAUGAAUACAGAUGAACCUGAAAUCAA